AUGAAUAAGAUUCUGGCUAUUAGAUAUGUACCCACGAGUGCUUUGAAGGCAUUGGGAGUCUCAAAACCAGCAGUGUCUUAUGGCAUUCGUAGUUUUUCAAACAAUGCCAACAAUUUGACUACUUCAUUGAACUACUUCCAAAGGGAGAAGUUACCAACAAACACUAUUGUUCGGUUUGUACCACAACAGACUGCGUGGAUUGUUGAAAGAAUGGGUAAAUUCAGUCGUAUUCUUCCUCCAGGGAUGGCAAUUCUUUUACCUGUUCUUGAUCGUAUUGCAUAUGUGCAAUCUUUGAAAGAAUCUGCUGUUGAAAUUCCCUCUCAGAAUGCCAUCACAAGCGAUAACGUGCUGUUGGAAUUAGAUGGGAUCUUGUAUAUUAAAGUUAUUGAUCCGUAUAAGGCUAGUUAUGGUGUGGAGGACUUCAAAUUUGCCAUCAGCCAAUUGGCCCAAACUACCAUGCGGUCAGAAAUUGGUCUGAUGACUUUGGACAUGGUACUUAAGGAAAGAACUCUUCUAAACAAUAACAUUAACCAUGUGAUCAAUGAUGCUGCUAAAGAGAAUUGGGGUGUUGAAUGUUUACGUUAUGAGAUUCGAGAUAUCCACCCUCCUCAAAAUGUCUUGGAUGCCAUGCACAGACAGGUUUCUGCUGAACGCUCAAAGAGAGCUGAGAUCUUGGAAUCUGAGGGUAACAGACAAUCCAAGAUAAAUAUCAGUGAGGGUGAAAGACAAUCCAUCAUUUUAGCAUCUGAAGGUAGAAAGCAAGAACAAAUUAACAGAGCUCAAGGUGAAGCAGAGCAAAUCAUGUUGAAGUCAACAGCUACAGCUGAAGGAUUGAAAUUGAUAGCCAAAGCUAUUGAAACUACACCUGGUGGAAAGGAUGCUGUUAGUUUGCAAGUAGCUCAAGAUUACAUUAAAGAAUUUGGUAAGUUGGCCAAGGAAACUAACACUGUGAUUAUUCCUUCUAACUUGGGAGACAUGGGAAACUUCAUGGCUAGUGGAUUAUCAAUUUUCAAGCAAUUAAACAAGGAACAACAAUCUACACAAAAGGAAAUCAAAAAUUAA